AUGUCGUUAAUCAAGGUCAAAAAUCCAAUUGUUGAAAUGGAUGGUGAUGAACAAACAAGAAUUAUCUGGCGUUUGAUUAAGGAUAAGCUUAUUUUACCAUUCUUAGAUGUUAACUUAAAGUAUUACGAUUUGGGUAUUGAAUAUAGAGAUAAAACUAACGAUAAGGUUAGUAAAGAAUCUGCUGAGGCAACUUUGAAAUAUGGUGUUGCUGUCAAAUGUGCCACCAUUACCCCUGAUGAGGCAAGAGUCCAAGAAUUUAAAUUGAAAAAAAUGUGGGAAUCACCAAAUGGUACCAUUAGAAAUGUCAUUGGUGGUACUGUGUUUAGAGAACCAAUUAUCAUUCCAAAGAUCCCAAGAUUAGUACCAGGUUGGGAAAAACCAAUUAUCAUCGGUAGACAUGCUUAUGGUGAUCAAUAUAAAGCAGCUGACAUGGUCAUCCCAGAAGAUAACAAUAAGGGGAUAGUUAAGUUAGUUUAUACUUCUGACGAUGGGAAAACAAAUAUUGAAUUACCUGUACACCAAUUUGAUGGAAAUGACGAUGGUGGUAUUGCAUUGGGUAUGUUUAAUACUACAAGAUCAAUUAAAGGUUUUGCCCAUUCUUCUUUUGAAUUUGCAUUAGAAAAAGGUUUGCCAUUAUACUCAACAACAAAAAAUACUAUAUUGAAGAAAUAUGAUGGUCAAUAUAAGGAUAUCUUUAAUGACAUGUAUGAAAAGGAUUACAAAGACAAGUUUGAAGCAAAAGGUAUCUGGUAUGAGCAUCGUUUAAUCGAUGACAUGGUUGCGCAAAUGUUGAAAUCAAAAGGUGGUUUUGUUAUUGCAAUGAAGAAUUAUGAUGGUGAUGUUCAGUCAGAUGUUGUCGCUCAAGGUUUCGGCUCAUUAGGUUUAAUGUCAUCUAUUUUAAUCUCUGAUGAUGGUAAAACUUUCGAAAGUGAAGCUGCACAUGGUACUGUCACAAGACAUUACAGACAACACCAACAAGGUAAAGAAACCUCUACAAACUCCAUUGCUUCAAUUUUCGCUUGGAGUAAGGGUAUUAUUCAAAGAGGUAAGAUUGAUGGUACCGCAGAUGUAGUUCAAUUUGGUGAAUUGUUGGAAUCUGCAACAAUUGAUACAGUCCAAAUUGAUGAUGUCAUGACAAAAGAUUUAGCUUUGAUUCUAGGUAAAACUGAAAGAAGUAGUUAUGUCACCACUGAAGAAUUUAUUGAAGCAGUAGCAAAGAGAUUAACUACAUGUUUCAACAAAAAGUUCCCAAAGUUAUAA